AUGGCCAAAUUAUCUUCAUUCCACAGGGCUCUACUAAACGGCAAAGGCCUAUUUUCGGAGCCAAACAUAUUCGUGUCGUCCGAUAAGAACGACUGGACACACUUCCAACUUGUCUCCAUCACACAGGAGGGAUCAGUGGUCGGCGAGGUGGAGCUAGGCCAAGUCACAGUCCUAGUCAGUGCAAUCCAAUCAUGCUAUGUACAAAUUAUACCCUCCGUUUCACGCAGCCCCGCUGGCAAGAGACGCCACAGCCGGUUCCGGUCCAACGAUGCUGAUUCCGCCGUGUUGGAGGAUCCGCCUUUGGUGUUUGUUCGAACGGUCAACAACGAGAGACUCUACUUCCGUGUGACCUCCAAGGCGGUUUUUGGCAAAUUGAUGCUGUGCUUGAUUGCGUGGCAGAACUUGAAGUCGCGCGGCUUGGCGAAAAAGUGGUAUGCGGAAAAUAAGGUCCAUCCCUCGACAUUCUCGGACCCACAUGAACUAUUGGUGUGUCGCUUUAAGGUGUAUGGUCCGCUCCCCUCCAAAGCCAAAAACGUAAAUUUUGUAUCCGGGGCUCCUGCGCCGACUUUUGGAAACCCAGGCGAACCGAAAAAAAACUUGUACUCGACCAUAGACAAUGGCAUCCAGGAAGGUUGGUUCUAUGCCAUGGGCGCACUAAAGUCAAACGGUAUGCUCAAUUUCAUUACUGAACUUGACGGCACGCUCCUUUAUUCAAUUGAUGUCAAGAGUCUCUUCUCCUCGGAAAUUAGAGAAGUCCAUACAUCCAUUUGCAACUCGCCAAACAUUCUAUUUUUGGGCCAUUUGAACGAACUCCGCUUAAUGAACUUAAACAAAACUACUUCCGCAGCCACGCCUGAAUCAGUUGCAACCGAAAGUUUCCUCGUCAAAGAUUGUAAGCCUAUGCCAAAUAACCUCCGUAUCUUCAUAGAGUUUCCCCUACACAUUGACUUGGAGGAUUGGUUUGUGGGCCUUAAUUACUUUUGUAAAAGGGAGUACAUCGGUAUGUACAACAAAGACUCUAUUGAACUAGAUACCAUAUCUAACAGGGUCGUCGGUUUGGAAGGAACUCUUCCUGUCGACAGUUCUUUUGACUUCAAUCGCUCUACAAACAGCAUCUCGCGUCCUAGCCUCGAUAGAAAUCCGCUGCGUGUCAACGAGCUAUUGCCUGAAACGAGCGAACUCACAAAAUUCUCGAAAGAUCAUCUUCGCGUCUCAAAAAAGGUUCGCCUCGACAUUAUCGAGGCCAACUUUGAUGGUGUUUCACUGUUCGAUGGCAAAGUCUACGCUGAGAUAAUCAUGUGGGAUUUGCCCUGGGGUAGAACUGCUCUUGUUGAAAAUUCUGCCAACCCAUUUUGGAAGGAGGAAUUCUCGACAGAAUUGCCGAUUCUGACUCAAAUGAUUCGUAUUGUGAUUAAAAAGACACAUAGCACAGUUCAUAACCCCUCUUCCGACACAAUUAUUGGAUCCGUAUACCUCACGCCGGAUAUUCUUUCUGGACAAGUCCCAAGGUACUCAACGAUGAUGAUGGGUUCCAGAAGUGGCGAAGAAAUCAAGGUCCCUGGUCUCGUUCCCAUAAAGGAUGACUCAAACAGAAUUGCUGCUGGCCUGGCAAAUAUCAUUCGUUUGUCUAUUUAUGAGUCGGGCCAUAUUCCAAUUGGCAAAUUGUUACUUACCGUUGAUUUGAAAGAACAUCACAUACCACCAGCUGAAACCUUCCAGGCUCUAGAAACAAUGCUUAUUGAUUGUCCGAUGAAGGAAUUAAUUCUGUUCUGCAACACAACUGUUGGCGCAACUGAAUUCCAAAAUGUCAGCUUAAUGUUACUAGAUAUUUUUCAAAGUGUUGGUGUUGAAGAGAAGUGGUUCAAGGCUUUGAUGGAGGUUGAGUUGACAUCCGUGGAUGAAGCUACCAGAAAGAACUAUAUCUCAAAGUCCAGCUCUGCUCCACAGAGUAUGAAUGUAUUCAAUACCUUGUUUAGAGGUUCAUCGAUUUUCACCAAGUCGUUGGAAAAAUAUUUGUUUAGAGUCGGACAAGAGUACUUGGAGAAAGUUUUUGGGGACUUCUUCGACAAGAUAGUUCGCGAAGAUAAAAACUGUGAACUUGAUCCAAGAUACGUCAAACUCAACUUUAAAAAUAACCGUGGAGAUUCUUCGAGCAGCAGUGACGACGAGGAUGAUAUUGCUAGCGAUCUGGAUGAGUCUCCCGACGAGGCAAAUAGAAGAAAGAAAUUGGUUGAAGAAGUUGUGAAUGAAAACUAUGCGGUCCUUCUUGGAUAUGUGCGCGAGAUUUGGGCAAAGAUAUUCACAACAUCGAACGAUUUGCCUCAACAGAUCAAAAAUCAAUUGAAGAACUUUAGAACAAAAGUUGACUUUGCUUGUGAUCCUAGUGACAAGGCAACUGCCCUCAAUUGCUUGAGCGCCUUUAUGUUUUUGCGGUUUUUCUGUCCUGCUAUUCUUAACCCGAAAUUGUUCCAUUUGACAAAGGACCAUCAAGUCGGCAACGCGCAACGCACAUUGACAUUGGUCGCCAAGAUAUUGUUGAAUCUUGCUAAUCGCCAAAAAUUUACUGAGCACAAAGAACCUCAUCUCCUCCGUAUGAAUGAUUUUCUCGACAGUCAUGAGAGAGAGGUUCUUGAUUACUUUGAUAAGUUGACAGGACGGAAGAAUGAUUUCAAUGAAAAAGUAUUGGAUCUCAGUCAUGAGAUGAAAAGAUUUGACAUGGGCCUUGGCGGCACCUCGAGUGAGCUUCCGACAACGCCAUAUUUAAUCGAUAAGUAUCUCCGACUCACCGAAUUUGUUGAGCUUUUGAGAUUCUCGUCAGCUAAAAACUCACGGGCCUCUAUUCAAAGCAACGGGGGCCAACUGAAAAGUCAAGUCCCUCUGCCUAAAUUAGGUACCGCGAUGGGUUUGAGCACCAGCUACGAGUCUGACCAACAAGAAGAGGUACCAUUACUGGCUAAUGGAGACAACUUGCUGGAGAAGAACACAUCAUUCUAUCAGAUUGGGACGCUUGAGUUCGAGAAGUCGGAGUUUUUGGACCUAGCUGGCGACAACGAGACCGAGGGCUUUAUCAAAACACUUUGCAAGAGUAACGAGAAUAUUUUCUCAUUCAUCAAAUCUGCUAUUACCAUGAAUGACUUGCAGAAAGAAAGCACUGAAGUCGCCAAUAAGAUAGCGUCUUUGUCCCAGCAGUUGGCGGAGGAUGAAACAUGUUUGAACUACCAACACAACACCAAGCUAUGGCAGUCGUUCGUCGACGAUGUUGUUGAGCGUGGAUACCUCGACACCCGAGACAACUCUCUUGUGUAUCAGGAUGCCAAUUUCAAGAACGGACCGGGUCUCAAGCGCUUGGCUGAUGGUGGGCUUCUGGCGCUCAGGCUCCGAUUCCCAGCCGCUUCGGAAGAUGAAUUAUCAGAUACGUUUAGCUCCACGUCCAUCUCUGCUUUGCUGCGUCUGGGCAGCAAGAACUUGUUCAAGAAAUGGUUGAAGAGGGAGUAG